AUGAAGCUUCUUUCCAUCGCCGCCGUGGCUUUACUCGUCGAUAUCUCAGCAUCAUUUGAAGUAUUUGAUGAAGACCCAAAAUUUCGAAGAGAACCGAAACUUCCUGUUUUAGACGUGAACUUUGGGAUGAAUUGUCAUACACCUAUAUCCUACAAUGCAUAUCAAGUCCAGGUAGCUGCCGCAGAGGUAUAUGCAAUUACCCAACGUGCUGCUAUUUCUAGCUUGAAUACAUGCACCUUUGACCGAUUCCCCGGGGAAACGCUUUUCCUUGGACGCAUUGGAGGUGAUUACGUCGGAAAUCCAGCAACUUACACCUAUCAUUACGUUAUGAUCAACUCUGCUGGCCAGUUUUUGGCCGGAUUGUCAAGAUACGAAGUCGAUGGUGGAAUGGACUACGCCAUUUGCAAAUUUGGGCCUAACACUAGAUUCAUAUCUUAUACAGACUCCCGAAGACUCAAUACUAACGGCGACGAGCCUUAUUAUGGGUCUCGGCAUUAA